CAGGUGCAAACUGUCGACAUCCCAAUUCCCAACCGACCGGACCCUCGAGACGAAGAAGAAAUAGAGCUUUCCCCAUUCCGCGCCCACCAGCUCAAAGGGCUAUCCACACCUCCCGAUGCAUCUGAGAAGACAACAUGUCGGCCGCCGCUCCCUCCACUGAUCCGAUUCAAAACGCAUCUUCAGGGAAGAAGAAGAGCGGCAAGAAGAAGAAGAACGCCAACAAGCCCAAGGAACCCAUAGAGACAGACAGCGCGCCUCCUGCGCCCGACAAUGCAGAGGACGGCGAUGAUGAACCGGAAACCCCGGUGCAGGCUUCUGCGCCUAUAGAAGAAUCCAGCCCCGAACAGUCGACGGAUAAGGACACAACAGCCAAUGGCCACACGGAACGGCCGACGAGCAACGGACACGCGAACCCCCCGAUAGAGGCGGCCGCAGAAGAGCAGGGAACCAGCCCCGAUGCCACGGCAAAGCUGGACGCCCUCACAAAGGAACGAGAGGCGCUGCGAUCAGAGGUUGAACAAUUGAGGAAGCAGCUGGAGACAAUCCAGGGUACACACAAUGAGACCGUCACCCAGCUCAAGUCGGAACUGGAGGAGACGUCGUCGGCCAAGGAACAGGCAGAAGAGAGCUACCAAGGUCUCCUCGAGCGAGUCAACCACCUAAAGUCGACGCUCGGCGAAAGACUGAAGCGCGACCGCGCCGAGCUGGAAGAGGCCAAGGAGCGCAUCGAGGAGCUCGAGUCACAGAACGAGGAGCUGCAGAAUGGCACCAAGGCCUCCGAGGAAGAGGUGGCGAAGCUCCGGGACGAGCUGCAGGCUACGUCGCGCGAGGCGACGAGUCUGCGCAGCCGAAGCAACCUGUCCCAGCAGAACUGGGUCAAGGAACGCGAGGAGCUGAUGAGGCUGGUUGCCAACCUCAAGGAGGAAGUCGAGACGACGACGAACGCCAUGGGCGAAUGGGAGGUCAUCGCCAUGGAGGAGCGAUCCGUCAAGGAGAGCCUGGUCGAGAAGGUGACGGAGCUGGAGGAGCAGAUUGCCAACCUCCGGGACGGCUACGAGAGCGCCGCGUCCGAACGAGAUCACCAGUCGCAGGUCAUUGACAAUCUGCAAAAGGCCCUGCGCGAGAUCCAGGAUGCGCGGAAGAAGGAGCUGCGGGAGAUGGUCGAGACAUCAGAGGAGCAGCUGCAAGCCAUGAAGAAGCUCGUGCAGGAGGCGGAUACCAGGGCUACCGAGGCCGAAUCGGCCAAGGAAACCCUCACCAAGGAGCUCGAGCGCACAGCGCCGUUCGAAAAGGAGGUCAAGGAGAAGAACCUCUUGAUUGGCAAGCUGCGGCACGAGGCCAUUGUGCUCAAUGACCAUCUCACCAAGGCUCUCCGUUACCUGAAGAAGACAAAACCAGAGGACAACGUUGACAGACAAGUCGUGACGAACCACCUCAUCCACUUCCUCACUACAGACCGCUCCGACCCCAAGCGCUUCCAGAUUCUGCAGGUCAUGGCCGGCUACCUCAACUGGACAGACGAGCAGCGCGAGCAGGCCGGGCUCGCCAGGCCAGGCACCUCGACCAACAUCCUCCGCCUGCCGGCCUCGCCCUUCCACCGCACGCCCAGCACCCCGUCGCUGAGCGCAGAGUUCUUCUCCGAGACGCCCACCUCGGCGAAUAAGGAGUCCCUCGCGGAUCUGUGGGCGGGCUUCCUGGAGCGCAGCGCCGAGGAGGGCCUGGAUCAGGGCUCCUCGGCGGGGACCCCGCGCGAUCGCAAGGAUAGCGGGAGCAGCGCGGCGACGGGACGGGGCGGCAAUUAGUGGAGGUCGUCAUGGACCGCGUAAGAUGUUUGUUGACGUCGUUAGAGAGGCGUAGAGGCGGCGAACCCCAAUGUAUUCAUUUCUGACAGCCUACAGAGCAUAAGGGGGGUUAAAGACCAUUAUCGUUGGGUACCUCUCCCGAGAUGGGUGGAUGUGUGUGUGUGUGUGUGUGUG